GAGAAGGCGAAAGGUUGACAGUGGAGAGAGGAAACAAGCCAAGUGUAUAGGCCACUUCUCCUUUGCUUUUCAUUAUCUCAGAGGAAUGGGUGUGUGCUUCUCUGAAAACUGAGCCGGUGGUAUCCAUGUAUCUGUGUGUAUGUGAAUGGAAAUCCAACAGGGUACAAAAUCUGAAGAGUUCUCUUUUUUCUAAGAUUCACUUGGCUUUCAUCAUAUUGCAGAAUGGCUGAGAGCAUUUUCGGAAAUGGAAUGGAUCAAUGGAUUUGUCCAAAUGAUCGCCAGCUUGCUCUUCGGGCCAAGCUGCAAACAGGCUGGUCAGUGCAUACUUUUCAGUCUGAAAAACAAAGGAAGAGCCAGAGUCUUAAUUCUGAUGAGCUGGACAUGAUCGUGACAGUAAUCCAAAGAGCUGAACGUCUGGAGCAGGUUGAGCAGCAGAGAAUUGGGAGGCUGGUUGAGCGCUUAGAGAAUAUGCGCAAGAACAUGAUGGGUAAUGGACAGACCCAGUGCCUGCUGUGUGCAGAGAUGUUCGGUCUAUUUGGCACAUCAUCUGCAUUCUGUCAAGGUUGCACAAAGAAAGUGUGUACAAAAUGUGGAAUCGAAACUCUGAACAGUCAGAAAAGGCAACAGUGGUUGUGCAAGAUCUGCAGUGAACAACGAGAGGUGUGGAAGCGCUCAGGUGCAUGGUUUUACAAGGCCCUUCCCAAAUACAUUCUUCCACCCAAUGAUAACAGUCGAGCUGGAGGCAAGGGAUUCCGACUCAUGAAGGGAGAUGGACAGCAGGCAGGUCCAACUGGACAAGCUGGCCAAGUCUACAACUGGACUAAAACAAAAGGCAAGUACAAAAAAAUCCUCAAAGAUCAAUCUACUUCUGGUUUGCUUUCCCUAGCCAGAAGUGUCCAUCAAUUGAUGAGAUAA